CAACUUUUCAUUGUCCGACAGAAUUUCCUCUGGGAAAUUUUCGGCCUUGGAUUUUCACAAGGAUAAUGACGGGAAACCAUACGGGGGACUGAACAGACGGACCACUCCGCUUUCCGAUUGGUCCGUCGCGCGUUCGAUCCCAAGCGUGAUUGGCCGAUCAGAACGUCACUCAUCCAGCGCUUAGCAGCCUCAAGUUUGAAACUUUUUGAAAAAGGUGGAGUCAAGUUACAAACUUUGGUAACCAAACGCGACAAGAGGGAGAAGAAAACGCUUGAAUUAUUUACACCGCACGCUCAGACCAAACAUACACCGUGUGGACACAUUUUACAGGCCUUAUACGACACUUUUAACAUCUUUUUCAUGCGCCUGUAUGUGGAUUUUGGAAUGUCAGGGUGUUUAUAAAGUCUACAUGGAGGUUUGAAGAACGCAACUUACGUUUUGGACGCCCAGUAUCCGGUUCAAAUAGGCGAGAGGCAUCAUGGACUCGUUCAGCACCAAGAACAUGGCUUUGCAGGCCCAGAAGAAACUCAUGAGCAAAAUGGCAACCAAGACGAUGGCCAACCUCUUCAUCGACGACACCAGCAGCGAGGUCCUCGACGAACUGUAUCGGGUGACCAAAGAGUACACGCGCAACCGCAAGGAGGCUCAGAAGAUCAUCAAGAACCUCAUCAAGAUGGUGGUCAAGUUGGGCGUCCUCUACCGCAACGGCCAGUUCAACAACGAGGAGCUGGCGCUAGUCGAUCGUUUCCGAAAGAAGGUGCACACUCUCGCCAUGACCGCCGUCAGUUUUUACCAAAUCGACUUUACUUUCGACCGGCGCGUCAUGAGCAAUCUACUCAACGAUUGCCGCGAACUGCUACACCAGGCCAUUAACCGUCACCUGACCGCUAAAUCUCACGGUCGCAUCAACCACGUCUUCAAUCAUUUCUCCGACUGCGAAUUCUUAGCGACGCUAUACGGCCCUUCGGAAGUUUACCGCGCGCACCUGCAAAAGAUCUGCGAGGGAGUCAACAAGAUGUUGGAUGAUGGGAAUCUUUGACCACUGCGUGUUCGCUUUUUUAUUUUUUACGAAGUUAUUUGAACUCUUUUUGUGUGUGGUCCUCCGGGUAAAGAGCUGAAGGUCUUAUUUCUGACAAAGUUGAACAUUUGUGAAUGUAGGACAUCUGUUUUGAAUGUACGUUUGUAUAACUUUGGCUCCUGUAUGUUUUAAGGAUCAAUUGAAGCCGUUUACAACAUUACUUCAUCCAAAAUUUAUUUCAUUGGGUGUGGACCUCAAAAAGAUUGUUGUGCAGCUCUUGCAAUACAAUAACAGUUCGUAGUGAUCGAUUUAUGAAGUAGUUCAUGUGACUCGAUGCUUAUGAAGUAACAUCACCCAAUUCAUUACAUCAUCGCUGAUAAAUCUGCACAUUUAUAAAUGGAGCUUUGUUUCUUACGUAUGAAAUAACCAAACUGAUGUUUUUAUGUCGGUUAAUUAUGUUCCUGUCAUUUAACGCAUGAGUCACAUGGAUUCGUUUUUGGCCUGAAGCUUCCUAAUGAUCCUUUUGUAAUGAAAUAACAUAUAAUUUGGGAAUAAAUAAUAAGUCAAAAUUGUAAUGAAACCCCAUGCAGUUUUAUAGGGCGAGUCAGAACAUGGAUUAUAUUCAAGAUCAGCCCUCAGAGGAAAUGAAGGGUCAUUUACGAAACCUCUUUGAUGAACACGACGCUGCAAAAACGAAAUGCACUUGGGACCAAAUAAUUUCGUCUCUAAAUUUAGGAAACAAUCUCGCUUUAUCACUUCCUGAAAACCGAAAAAACUUGAAAUCUGCUGUGAUUGGACAAAAGAGGAAGUCGAUGAUGUCGUCUGUACUGAACUUGGUCGUGUAGUGGUGCACUUCUCCACCUCCCCCACGCCGAUGAUGUCUUGACCGUGAUGCAGUUCCUGACCGGGGAACAAAGAUGAUGUGUGCUACCUUUCACCGCACUUUUAUUUCCUGUUUUAAUGAAGGUUAUAUGUAUAUAUAUCUAUAAAUGGAUAAAUGACUGAGCCGCUUCCUUCUGAUGUCUAGCCUGUGACAUCUGAAUUUAUUCCACUCAGCCUUCAUUUGCAUAAACAAAUUUGCUGUAGGAAUAAUGGAAUGAAUCACUGAUCCAGAUUCAGAUGCCGCUGGGUCAGUUUUGAUGUAUUGGGUUUCUUGUUUUCUUUAUUUUAUAUGUAUGCACUUCUUGUUUCUUUUAACAUUGAAUUUGUCUAGACACAAGCGUUCGAGUCAAGCUUGCAAAUAAAGGAUCAAAUAUUUCAAAUGCGCUGUAGGAAGGUGAAACGUCAAAGCAACUUUGGCAGCAGUGGGAGCCAUGCAUACAUCCUGAUUCUCUUAAAGGGACACUUCACUUUUUUUGAAAAUAUGCUAAUUUUCCAGCUCCCCUAGAGUUAAACAUUUGAUUCUUGCCGUUUUUGAAUCCAUUCAGCUGAUCUCAGGGUCUGGCGCUAGCACUUUUAGCAUAGCUUAGCAUAAUCCAUUGAAUCUGAUUAGACCAUUAGCAUCGCGCUUAAUGGCUGCAGCAGGCGUAGUGAUAUCACGCACUGCCUGAAAAUAGUCCCCUUGGUUACUUUCAAUAGCAGGGAACUAUUUUUGGGCACUAAGUAAUAUAACUACGCCUGCUGCUGCCAUGUUACAUCAGCAAAGUCCUUGAUUAUUACGCCAAAAUACAAGUAUAGUUCAUAGCCAUAUCUGCCUAGAAAAUCACAACUAUUAAUUUUCCGUCAGUCUUAGGGGCUGUCCACACGGAGACGCGUAUCAUUGUAUACGUAUAAAUUUGUUAUCGUAUUGGCGUUUCAUCCACACGGAUCCGACGUUUUGGGAGACUGAAUCCGCUAUUUUCUGAAACCGGGUCCUAAAGUGGAUAAAUCUGAAACCGACACCCUUGCGGUUUCGUCUGUACAGCCAAUCCGUAUAUUUUGUGAAGCGAAAACGUCAUCACAUCACGUGUCGGAAGCGUCACACAUAACAGCAACAACAAUAACAGCGGACUACGUGAUUGUGUUCGUGCUACAGAAGCUACUAAAGCCUACUAGCUUUAUUACAGCAAAAUCUAUUGCUUCUAUGCAAUUGUGGUGACCAACAAGCGAUAAUGGACAACACCAUACGUUGGUUAUGCGCAUGCUCAAAGUCUUCUUCUCCGUGUAUAGUGUAUAUCUGUGGCAGAAUUACAGCGCCACAUACUGGUCCGGCAUAUAUACUACACCACUUUCAGUCGGUUUCAGUGGUUUCGUGUUUACAGAUUAUUUUUUUAGAGCAAGAAAAAAAAAUUAUCGGAUAGGGAAUGCCCCGCCUUCGUGUGGACAUAGCCUUAGUACACAAUGUAGCUACAGAAGAGUCAAGUUUUAAAUAGGAAAAAUAUUGAAACUCUUUGGUUAUUUUUUAGUACAAUGCUAAUGGUUUAAUCAGAUUCAAUGGAUUGUGCUAAGCUAUGCUAAAAGUGCUAGCGCCAGACAUGGAGAUUGGCUGAAUGGAUUCCAAAAUGGUAAAAAUCGAAUGUUUAACUGUUUUAAGAAUGUUUUUUUAAGUCGAAUGUCCCUUUAAAAACCUCUCAGGGUUCAGUCUUGCAUCUAUUUUCACAUUAAAAGGGGGAGGGGUUAUCUGAUCAUUAUCUGAAAUGCGUUCUCUUAUAAGUGGAUUUUUUUGUUAAUAAUGAACAAAUCCUGCCUGUGUACAUUGUCAUUGUGUGUCUGUCAUUUGUAAGAGACAUGGUUUGUGUUUGUUGCCAGACUCUAUUUUUAUGGUUGACCUGUGUCUGGAUUACAGCAUGCUAAUCUUUCAGGCAUGUUGGAUUAGGUCGGACACCUUGUUUUCCCCCUUGAGUCUUUUCUUUUUGCAGACCGUUAGAUUGGAGGUUACAUAUUUAGCAUAAAGAAAUGAAGUAGUUUAUUCAUUACCUUGUCACCAUUUGUAUACAGUUACUUAAAAAGCAAUACGAUUUCACUUAAAAUUGAAAUUAUAUAAAUUUAAAUGAAAAAUCUUUAAAAAAAAAAAAUGUGUUCUGACGGACAAAAAUUUCCUUUAAAGGGGCCACAUAAUGAAAAACUGACUUUUUCCAUGUUUAAGUGCUAUAAUUGGGUCCCCAGUACUUCUAUCAACCUAGUAACUUAGUUUUGGUAAACCAUUCUCUUCAAGCAUGUGAAAAAAUAGCUAAUUGAAAUUUGGCUCCCCUUGUGAUGUCAGAAGGGGAUAAUAGCGCCCCUUAAUCUGCACUAUCCAACCACGGCACUGCCAUUUAGUGCAAAGAUCAGCUCAUUUGCAUUUAAAAGGACACCCAAAAACAGCACAUUUUUGCUCACACCUACAAAGUGGCAAUUUUUACGUUAUAAUAAAUUAUCAUAUUUUGAGCUAGAACUUUACAUAUGUACUCUGUAGACACCAAAUAUUUAUUUGACAUUUUAAAAACAUCUUGUGAAAUGUGCCCUUUAACAUGUUUGAAAUGACAAGAGUAAGAGUACACAAUGAAAUGUUUAAUUUUGCUUUUAAAUGCCAAACUGUGGGCUGAUUUUGAACACAUUUUUCAGAAUUAUUAUUAUUAUUACUGAAAAGACCUGCUAAAACCAGCCUAAGAUGGUUGGCUGGUUUUGGUGGUCUCCCAGCCUGGGUUAAAUGGGUGUAGUAGGCUGAUUUUACAGGGGGGUUUGCCACUUUUUUAGCUGGUCUGGAUGACCAACUAAGACCAGCUUAGCCAAGUUUCCAGCCUGGUCAAGCUGGUUUAAGAUGGUGGGUCACCUGACCAGCUACAAAGCAUCCAAACCCCCUCUAAAACCAGCCUGCUACAUCAUCUUAACCAGCUAAAACCAGCCAGCCAGAUAGGUUUUAUCUGGGAUGGUUUAUGCUUCUUCGGUGUUGUAUCUGUAUGAAAAGGUGAUCUUCAUUCUCCCCACGGUGGUCCUGAUUGUGAAACCGCUCACAGGCAAGACCAUAUAAAAAUGUGUGAUGACAUACCAUUUCAGUUUACUAUUCUGCUCAUGUCUGUUUCGGUUUGCUAAUCUGACACUCUUCGCAUUCACUAUACAUCCGCUCCGUUCCCCUCCGGCUGAUAUUCGAGAUGUGACAGAUAUCUGGGACUGAAGUUCUUACACCUUGAUUUGUGUUAUUAUUUAGUUCCUCUGGGGAUCUAAAACCUGUCACGUUUGUUUUUUUUUGAAAGUAAAACAUUCCCUAAAAGUUUUUCAAUAUACAGUAUAUUGACCCUUUUGGAAACUUUGUGCAAGGUACCCUUAUGGAAGAGUCCCAAAAUGCGGUACGGUACUGUACUGGACCGUUUAUAUACUGUAUGUGUGUUAAUAUACUCUGUAAUGUUGUAUAGAAACUAGGAAUGCACUGAUAUAUCCGCCUAUAAUCGGUAUUACAAAUAAAAGCUAUUUUUCUUACUAUCAGAAAUCUGCCGAUUAUUUAUAUCCAAACAAUCAAAAGGGGUGGAAAUACGCAUUAAAAAUCAUGUUGUGUGAUUAUUUUGCACUUUGUAUGCUCCGCACUUCUAGGAUUUUAUACCGUAAUCAUUUGAAACGAAGAGUAAAAAGCAAAACUAUCGAUAUCGGUAGAUAUCAUUCUAAGUAAUUGUAAUAUCGGUUUCAGCGCUAAAAUUUUGUAUCGGUGCGUCUCUAAUAUACUUUACUGAAUAUAAAUUUAGAUCCUUUUGUUAGCUUUUAUCACCUUUUAUAUCUUUAUUUCAUUUACUAAAAAUUCGAAUUUUGGUGACAUCUCGUUGACCCGUUCACCACAACGUCCUUGUGCACCUAACCUGCAAAAUGCAUCACUACCUUACCGUGUGCCCUUCCGUUGUCUUGGUAACAGCCGGAGGUGUAAAAUUACUGUCUGACCGCCAGACAAAGAAAAUCACAUUCAUAGCGAGUUACAAUUGCUACCAGGAGCUUACAUAACCCUGUUCUGUUAUAAAACUGAAGCCGGGUAUGACGCAUAACUGCAAGUCUGUCGUAACUAACCGUUAAUGUUAUGUAGUGUCUGUAGUCUUGUCAGGUAACAGCUCUUACUUGUCCAAACUGAAGUGAAUUUAAAAUGAAGUGCUGUGUGUGAGCGUUUUUUUGCUAUUUCUGGCUCGGCCUCAGCAGAAGAGUGACGGUUCACAUCGCUGCUGCUGCCGUGAUGUUUCUUGUGUCAAACAGAAGGCCCUGUGUCCAACGCUCUGGAGACGUUAGCUUUCUGCAAGAUAUGUGGGCGAUCACAUGUUCCCGUGGCAGCUUUUAAGUUGUUUAUCAGUGAUGUUUUUGAACUGUGACCUUUCAGAGUUGUUUUUCUGUGUUUCUAGCUGUUGAAACUAGCACACUGGUGCUGUUUUCGUUCUUUUCUUAAAGGUGAAGCGGGCGUUGUACUGCAUUACCAAACUGAAUAGAUACUGAUAGGCCCACACUUCAAACUCACACACAUUUUUUUACAUUGAACGAUGUACGGUGCAAUGUGAAACAUUUGCCCACAGAUGGCUUACUUAUCUCUGCAUAUUAAAGGGGGCAUUUCACAAGACUUUUUUUAAAAAUGUAAAAUAAAUCCAGAGUAUGUGUGUGAAGUUUUAGCUCAAAACACCCCAUAGAUAAUUUAUUAUAGUGUGUUAAAAUUGCCACUAUUUGUAGGUGCGAG